AUGCAAUCUCGUAAGGAUUUGGGCAUAGCCUCCGGCGAUUCUCCCAUUAGGGAUAAUAUACCCCCUGCCCCCCAGGUUGUCCCCAGACCGGCUGGCUUAACCGUCACUGAUGUGACAGACCAGGAGCAGUUGAACUCGGAAGAGCUUCAUUCUCUUCUGGAUGCCACGAUGACGAAAUCCGUAACCCAAGCUGUUUAUUCAGCCAUGGGAGUUAUGUCGGACACUCUGUCCCACUCUAUUAGCCAUGCCCUCAUGGCCGCCCAGCGGGCCUCUACUCACAUUGCUCCUAACCCUACGGAGCACAUUACAGGCAAAGCCAGUGGGCGCAAAGCCGCCAAAAAAUCUCGCCACAUGGACGAGGAAGCCUCCAAAACUUUACGGACAGACAGGGAACGUCCUGUCAAAGAUAAUGUGGUUGCACCACAACAAAGAGCCACCUACCGGGCAAAAUCGGUGUGGAGUUGGAAGAGGGCAAAAGCCCAAGUGGAAUCAUCUGAGUCAGAUUCAGAACAGGAGGAGGCAUGGAGCGAGUAUGAUGAUGAGGACUCAUUCAAUUUGGGCACUCUAUUCCCUGACCACAGCGCUAUAUCUAUGUCUGGGAAUGAGGACGAGGACGGUGUGGAAGGCUCCACCCUCCUUGA